AUGGUGCUGCUAGAUAUAGCUGUUAUAGUACUAAAGGUAAUGACGAUGACUAUACUAGAAAUAACUUUAUUGCUGAUAACGAUGACCCGAAGUACGAUGAAAACACUGACAGUGAUCAUAGCAGUUUUCAUGACCGUUUCAUUGGUCACCAGUAGAACGUUCAAGAUUGUGAGGAUAAUCUUAGUUUUCGCAACGAAAGUUGUCCUUGGAAUUCUGAGGCUAUUCUUCGGAGGUAAAGAACCAUCAGGCGACUACAUAGAUGCAUGUGUAGGAAGUGAAGAUAGCGAGAGCGAUAUCAUAGACAGGAAGGCGGUUCGAGCAUCAGGGGACACUGAUUUCAGGAGUGAUUCAGAAGAGCUUGAAUCAUAG